AUGAUUGUUUUAUCACGAGAGGCUCUAUAUGAUGUCGGUCCCCGGCUUCUCAGAGAAGUUUGGGCGCUCAGUGGGGUCGCUAUUUUCAUAAUCGCCUUGAGAGUAGCUGCGAAAAUACGAAUUGGGAAAUUCGGCUUGGAUGAUGUCUUGAUGGUUUCGGCGUUGUGUCUAGCUAUAGUUGGAUCAGUCAUGAUCACCAUGGGCAUCCAGUGGGGAUUCGGCCGCCACGUGUGGAAUAUCAAUCCCAAUGAUACUGCGACGGUCAUUAUGUAUGACUAUCUGGCACAGACAUUUGGCAUUGCUGGUGGUACAUUAGGUCGAAUUGCUUUCACCGUGUUCAUAGUUGGGCUUCUCGGAACGAAAAAGACCUACCGAGUUAUUCUGUGGGUGUUGGUUGGGCUACAGAUUGUGACCAACGUAAUGUUCAUCAUCAUACUCUUUGCCCAGUGCCCAGGACAUGCUUCGGCUAUCUGGUCACAGGACGGCAAUGGAAAGUGCUGGGAUGUCCGAGUUCAAGCUUACUACGGAUACUACCAAGGUGCUUUUAAUUCGGCUACCGAUCUAUACCUUGCCGUUUUCUCAACCUACGUCUUCUGGAAUUUAAAUUUAAAAUUACAGGUCAAGUUAGGUCUAGUUACCUUACUUGGACUGGGGCUUUUUGCUAUGGUAGCAUCCAUAAUCAAAACCGUGCAAACCCAAAUUCUUGCCCACGCAGACGACGACCCAACAACGGCAACCAUCAAUUUAGAUCGCUGGUUAUAUAUUGAAACAUACCUGGUCAUUAUUACAGCAUCUAUUCCCUGCAUUCGAUCUUUUUUGAGACCUUUUGGGCGGCAAACAACUGGUACUGGACGCAGUACAUAUGAGUUAGGGUCUCCACACGCACUAAGCUCUGGUCCUAGAUCCAGGAGGUUGACACCUACCGCUCCUACGAAAGGCAUGAUGCGUAUUUCAGAUGGGAAUGCUAGCGAGGAUGAUAUUCUGGAAUGGGAUGCAACGGACAGCGACCGCGUCGAUGAACCUCCGGCUUCCAAGAAGUCAGUACAUGUCUAUGUGUAA